CUUCACAGUGGUGAGGUACUCGUAAAAUAGCACCCGCUGAAAUCAAAUAUUACAAGUUUAAGAAGGGGACACUGUCAAAAUCGCCCUGGCAAGGAGAGACGAACUGGAUCCUCGGAAACCCCGGCCGGGGAGGGGGAACAACCCCCCACCUUCAGCAAUGAAGAUAAACCACAAUAAGCGCUAGCUAGCUAUCGUUAGCUUGCUACUCUCUCAAUAAGCUAGCGAGCCUGCUAGCUAAAGCCUUUUCUAUCCUAUUUUCUGCUACCGGCAACUUGCUUGUGUAAGGAAAAGGCCCGGUCCUAACGCGACUUCUUAGCUAUAUUUUGUGUAUUGUUUAUAACAUCUAGUUGUAACUAGUUAGCUAUUUAUUACUUUACAUAUUUUACUCUUGAACUUUGCAAUGAGUUUGCCGCAGAAAGCGGUCCCGAAAUCAGCCGCUGCUGCAGGAAGUGGACCUGGAACCGGGCCGUCUUCUUCAAGCCAGCUGCGGGGUACCCUGACCACCGUACCACUGCCAGGGCCCCCGGUUGCACAGCAGCCGCCACCGGUACCACCGACGCAAGUUUUCCUUAAUGUGUUUUGCCCCAGUAUCCCCAGAGUUCAGCCACCCCUGGAGGAGAGAAUCUUCCCCACGCAGCCUGGAGUUACUGCCGUUUACAGCGUACAGAGACCCCCUGGUCCCUCAUACACAGCACAUGAAAUCACCAAGGGACACCCGAACCUAGCGGCCACGCCGCCGGGUCAUGCCUCUUCCCCAGGACUCUCUCAGGUAUCGGUCUCCACGGUGUCCACAGCACACCUGUAUGGCCACCCUAAAGCCUGGGACGCAGGAGGAGGGUCUCCGUACAAUCCAGGGCAGAAUGCUGGCACUACCCCUCUGGUAUAUUCUCCGCCAGCCCAGCCAAUGAAUGCUCAGCCACAAAGCCGCCCGUUUGCCCCGGGGCCUCGUCCUGCCCAUCACCAGGGAGGAUUCAGACCCAUUCAGUUUUUCCAGAGGACUCAGAUGCAAACAGCGCGGCCCACCAUUCCAAGCAACAGCCCUUCCAUUCGACCUGCUUCCCAGACUCCCACCGCCACAGUCUACCCCUCCAAUCAGCCCAUAAUGAUGACUAUGACUGCUAUGGCUUUCCCCUCCCCUCAGACGGCUCCCUACUAUAUUCCACAGUAUCGUCCCAGUACUCCCUAUGUGGGACCUCCACCGCAAUACUCAGUUCAGCCCACAGGGCCAAGUACCUUCUACCCUGGACCUAGCCCUGGAGAGUUCCCCGCACCAUAUCCGGGACCUCCAUACUAUCCUGGUCAGACAAUGUACACUCCCUCCCCAUCCAUAAUAGUGCCUACACCACAGCAACCUCCACCUGCCAAGAGAGAAAAGAAAACAAUCCGAAUCCGAGACCCCAACCAGGGCGGCAAGGACGUUACAGAGGAGAUCCUGUCAGGGGUGGGCGGAAGCCGAAACACGACCCCACCCGUGGGCCGACCCUCAUCCACACCCACUCCUCCGCAGUUUUUAUGUCCACACCCUCAUUAUCCUCACAUUUUCUACCUCAAAUCCCAGCAGCUGGGCAGCCAGGUUGCUGAUCACGGACACGUCAUGUAUAACGUGGACAGCUCCCAACACGUCUCUGCUCCUGUCGACUUGAAACCAGAUGACAAGCCAAAACUGGAGUCCGCAGUACUGAAGUCUUCAUCUCCAGGGUUGCGGCUGCCGGAGCCCCCUGUAGAAAGGAGGGACCCCAGCAGCCCAGCCCCAGAGCCCUCUCCCCCAGAGAAAUCUGAGCUUCCUGCUGCAGGUCCAGAGCUUGUCCCCAGUGUAGCCCCAGUUUCAGACCUCAGCACCCCCAAGCCUGUCUCUGAUAGGGGGGCAACAGAACCCCCAGUUUGUUCUGAUGAGCCAAACCCCGCGCCAGCACUCACACCAGAACCAGAGAGUGCCGCUAAGCCACAGAAAACGCCCUCCGAGGCGCUCACUUCUCACAGUUCAUCCACCUCCCCUGCCCAGGCCACCAAGGCUGUCAAUGGACUGGCUCACACAGAUGCUGCUUCCCUCUGUAAUGACUCGGAUCCCCAGGCCACAGUGGCCACCCAGCUGCUGCCUUCCAGCCAGUCCCAGCCCCAGGCCCCCAGUGCCGAAACCAGCCACACCGGACAGGCCCUGGAGGUUGAGUCUACAGCGUUGAGGGCAGAAAGUCCAGUGGCUGUCUCAGAGGCCAGUGCUGCGGUUGUAACCACCCCAUCCCUCCCCAUCGUCACCACCACCACUGCUGCUGCUAUUUCCACUGCUCCUGCUCCUGCUCCUCCUCCAGGCCUGAGCCACCCCAGCCUGACUGCUGUGGAGACAGCUCAAGCCAGGAGGGCCUCCAUGGGGACAGAGAGCAGAGAGACUGUGAGAGAACCUGAGGUCUCACAGGAGGAGAAGCUGGAGCCCCAACCACAAUCCAACCUUAGAAAAAGCUCAAGUCAAGCUACAUCUAGUGCACCAAAGACCUGGAAGAAGCCAAAAGAGGACACUCCAACAACUCACGUUCAGUGUCCAGACAAGGAGGAGACAGAGGAGCUAGCCGUAGAGCCUGAGUUACAAAGCCCCAGCCCCCCUCCUGUGGAGGUGGAGAGGAAGGUGGGGCCAGCAGUGGUGGAGGAGAAUGGAGAACAGGAAUUAGAGCCUCUGAGGAAUGGAGCAGAGCACACCUCUGAGACAGAGAGCAGCGACAGAGGCAUCACGCCAGCGCUGAAAGAGACUUCCACCAAACCGUUGCAACAGCCAGUGCUGAAAGACGGGAAGAGGCAGUAUGAUAGGGACUUUCUGUUGGGCUUCCAGUUCAUGCCUGCCUGUGUGCAGAAACCAGAGGGCCUUCCCCCCAUUUCUGACGUGGUUCUGGACAAGAUUAACCAAAAUAAGCUGCCUAUGAGGCCGGUGGAUCCGCGGGUCAUAUCCAGAGGCCCCGACUUUACCCCAGCCUUUGCUGACUUUGGCAGGCAGAUGCCAGGAGGCAGAGGAGCGCCGCUAUUGAAUGUAGGCCUCCGGAGGCCUCCACCACGCAAGAUCAUCAUGAAUGUGUCAGUGAAUGAUGAGGUACAGCUGAAGAAGGCUGAGAAUGCCUGGAAGCCUGGCAUGAAGAGAGACAACAUAGCAGAUGAUCCAGAGUCUCAGAAAACUCAGGAGCUCUUCCGGAAGGUGCGUAGCAUCCUCAAUAAACUGACGCCCCAGAUGUUUAACCAGCUGAUGAAGCAGGUGACGGACCUCACCAUUGACACAGAAGAGCGGCUCAAAGGCGUCAUUGAUCUGGUCUUCGAGAAGGCCAUUGAUGAGCCCAGCUUUUCUGUGGCCUAUGGCAAUAUGUGCAGUUGCCUGGCCACGCUCAAAGUGCCAAUGGCAGACAAGCCCAACAGCACUGUGAACUUCCGCAAGCUGCUUCUAAACCGCUGUCAGAAGGAGUUUGAAAAGGAUAAAGUGGACGAUGAUGUGUUUGAGAGAAAACAGAGAGAGCUGGAAGCAGCAGCCUCAGCCAGUGAGCGGGAGCGGCUGCAGGAGGAGCUGGAGGAGGCCAAGGACAAGGCCCGGCGGCGUUCCAUUGGCAACAUUAAGUUCAUAGGAGAGUUGUUUAAGCUGAAGAUGCUGACAGAGGCCAUCAUGCAUGACUGUGUGGUGAAGCUGCUGAAGAAUCACGAUGAGGAGAGCUUAGAGUGCCUGUGCAGACUGCUCACCACCAUCGGCAAGGAUCUGGAUUUCGAGAAAGCCAAGCCUCGAAUGGAUCAGUACUUCAACCAGAUGGAAAAGAUUGUGAAGGAAAGGAAGACGUCAUCACGCAUUCGCUUCAUGCUGCAGGACGUCAUUGACCUGAGACUGCACAACUGGGUGUCAAGACGAGCCGACCAGGGCCCAAAAACCAUCGAACAGAUUCACAAGGAGGCAAAGAUUGAGGAGCAGGAGGAGCAGAGGAAGGUCCAUCAGCAGUUGCUAUCCAAGGACAAUAAGAGAAGACCAGUGGUGCAGAGAGAGGAGACCUGGAACACUGUGCCUGUGACUAAGAACAGCAGGACAAUAGACCCCAGCAAGUUCCCCAAGAUCUCUAAGCCAACAAUAGACGAUAAGAUCCAGCUGGGCCCAAGAGCUCAGCUCAACUGGAUGAAAGGAAGCAGUGGAGGGGCUGGAGCCAAGGCCAGUGAAUCAGAUGUCUCCCGUUCAAGUGCCACCAGUCUGAACCGCUACUCUGCCCUCCAGCCCUCUGCCCCCUCAGCGUCUUCUCCUCCCUUAGCCACAGCAGAGUUUGACUCCAGGAGAACUCUCAGCAGCCGUGGGAGUUCGGGGCGUGAGCGUAACGAUAAGCCAAUCGGUUUGGUUCCCUCGCGCUCGGGAUCGCUCUCUGUAAGCGGCAGUGCCAAGGACGUUCAGGAGGAGCAGCCUCAGGAGGAGCCACGCAGAGAAAACCCCGACACACCCAAACCACCAAGCAGUGUCGCAGACAAGGGGAAACUAGAGCGCAGUCGAUCAAGAGACUCUGUGAAACUUGAAGCCCCAGGAAGUAUUACUGCACAGAAGCCUGCACUGUCAGAGGAAGAGAUGGAGAGAAAGUCCAAAUCCAUCAUCGAUGAGUUUUUGCAUAUAAACGAUUACAAGGAGGCAGUGCAGUGUGUGGAGGAGCUGGACCAGGCCUCCAUGCUCCAUGUGUUUGUGCGAAUUGGGGUGGAGUCCACACUAGAGCGGAGCCAGAUCACCCGAGACCACAUGGGUCAGCUCUUCUACCAGAUGGUCCAGACUGGCACGCUCUCCAAACCUCAGUUCUUCAAAGGGUUCUCUGAAACCCUCGAGUUAGCAGACGAUAUGGCCAUUGACAUUCCCCAUAUAUGGCUGUACUUAGCGGAGCUGGUCACGCCCAUGCUCCGAGAAGGAGGAAUCUCUAUGAGAGAAUUAUUUAGUGAAUUUAGCAAACCUUUACUCCCUGUGGGAAGAGCUGGGAUUUUAUUUUCUGAAAUAUUGCACCUUCUAUGCAAACAUAUGAGCCAUAGAAAAGUGGGGGCCUUAUGGAGGGACUCUGGAUUGAGCUGGGCAGACUUUCUCCCUGAGACGGAAGACGUUAACAGCUUCAUCACCCACAAUAAACUAGAAUUUACUAUCUCGGACUGCAUGAGUCCCACUGAAUCACAGUCAAAGAGUCCCCUCACGACUGAAGAACUGAACAAACAACUUGAAAAACUACUCCUCGAGGACAUGGUUGGUGAUGAACAAAUCUUUGACUGGGUAGAGGCAAAUCUAACUGAAGCUGAAAUGAGUUCCCCUCCCUUCCUCAGAGCUUUAAUGACUGCUGUGUGCAAGGCAGCAGUGAAAACUGAGAGUGCCCCCAGCAAAGUGGACACAGCCAUUAUCCAGAAAAGACUGCCUGUGUUACACAAGUACCUUAACUCAGACACAGAGAGACAGUUACAAGCACUUUAUGCACUUCAGGCAUUGAUAGUAAAACUGGACCAGCCCCCAAACUUGCUCCGGAUGUUCUUUGAUUGUCUAUAUGAUGAAGACGUUAUAUCAGAGGAUGCAUUCUAUAAAUGGGAAGCCAGCAAAGACCCGGCAGAGCAGGAAGGGAAAGGCGUAGCCCUCAAGUCUGUCACCGCCUUUUUCACCUGGCUACGCGAGGCCGAAGAAGAGUCCGAGGAUAAUUGACAAGAGGAUAACGGACACCUUUUU